AUGAAUGUGAACGCUGAAAUUCCUCAGGACCACAUUCUGGGAGUUUUCCACCCCCACCUUCAUGAUCAUAUCCAUAAGUGCAAAACCCUUGUUCCUAGUCAACUAGCAAGGAAAGUGGAAUUCCUAGAAGGCAAGGACACUCUGGUCCUUCUGUCUGUGCUGAGAAGCCUGAAGGACAGAGAAAUAAAAGAUAAAGAUGUGGUGCGGUACUUGAAAACCUCGCAGUUGGUGCUGGCUUUAGAGAUUAUUCACUCAAAGCCAGCAGAUAAAAGCAGCAAAGAACAAUAUGCAGAGCGCAUGUCCAAAAUAGUAUCUGGACAGGAUUCCAAGCAGAAGUCAGGAGCUGAAGCUGUAGAAGCUGAAAGUAUUCAUUUGAGGCAGCAGCUCCUUUUAAGCAAACUUUUUUUCCUGAUGCAGGAAUCUCUAUCCCAUGCCCUUGUUCUGACUGGAUGAUGCAGCGUAUUAAGAAUCAGAAUAUCUCUGCUCUUUGGAGAAGUCAGUCGAUUUGCUGAUGAGUUGCAGCAUGCCAAUGAGAAUAUGUUUCUCCAGAAACUUGGCCAAGCUAUUUUUCACCUCUCUGAUGAUUUCCCCUUGUUCUGAAUUUGUUUAUAGUGGCCAGGCACACUUUUGAAUGCAGGACGAAUACAAACUGGUGAAAGAAGCUGUUUUGCUUUGUAG